AUGCACGAGAGCCUGAAGAAUUUUAAAAAAAGGGGUGAAAUACCAGUAGUAAGCGCCUGCCAAGUUCACAGCACGGGAGGACGAGCAGAGGGAUGCGGCUCGCCAUUAAAAUCGCAGGAGAAUUACUGGGUGCACGAGGAGCUCUCGGGUUUCCGCGCAUCCACGCGUCGCUCCAACAGGUCCUUCCGGAGAGCCGCGCCGUGCAGCGGCAGAGCUGCGGAGAAGCCGCGCGGGGAACCCGCGGCCGUCCCGGAGCCGCCGCCGAGCGGGACCGCGGCGGGGGCACGGCCCGGCACAGCGCUUUCACGGCAACUCCGCCGGGAAGUUGGGCGAACACCGGGACCGGGGAGCACCGCGCCCCCCGCCCCCGGCUCUCGGAACGCCCCCCCCCCGCCCCGGCGGCGGCUCCGGCGCGCGGCGCGGCCGGUACCGGGGCCAUGCAAUGCGGGCGGGCGCUGGCGGGGGCGGUCCCGCCGCAGCCCGGGAGCGGCACCGGGCGGAGGGCGGGCGGAGGGGCGGGCGGAGGAGGCGGCGCCCGGCUCGCAGCGCGCCCAGCGGCCGCCGCACGCUCCGCCCGCCGCUCCCGCCAUGCCGGGGCCGGGACACCCCGGCGGGGCGGGGCGGGGCGGGAGGACGCGCGGCCGCCCGCGCGGGCCGGGGCUCCCCGGGGAGCCGCGCCGCGGACACCGACCGGCGCCCCCCCCCCCCCGCCCCCCCCAACCCCGCGCCGCCGCCGCACCGGCGCCGGGCCCCGCCCCCUACGGAUCGCCGGAGGGGGCCGGCCCCGGGCCCGGCGGCCUCCCCUGCCCGCCGCCCCGCUCUUCCUUACCUCGAAGCGGCUCCUGGCGGCGGCCGGGUGUCCCUCAGGGUCCGGGGGUGGCGGGCACCUCCCGGGCGGGCGGCGGGGGCGGGCUGUCCCCGGCGCAGUGA